GUUGCUGGCAAAGGUUCUAUUAGUUGAUCAUUUGUAACCGCGUCGUGAGUUUUGGUGGUUAAAUAUGUUGAAGGCUCCCUGAAAUAUGAAUCAGGGAGGGAAUUCAACCGCGGAAACUUCCAGCGAAGGCUUACCGCCGCCGACCUUGGCGACUUCUGAUCAGACUCAGAUUAUUUCAUCGCCAACGGAGACCCCAAGCCAAACUACGACUCGAAGGCCAAGAUUUGGUACAUCUUCAAAUCAGAGAAAAUUUGGUGGUGCAUUAGCUGCCCGUAGGAAAUGGCCGCCAAGAAGGGUGAGCUUUCCCUCCAACGAUACGCACCUGGUUACAGGCUACCUGGAGCCAGCCAAUCCCUGGGAGUACGCUGAGAAUGUGAACCGUGAGGACUUGAUCUCGACAUACAGGAACUCCUGUUUACGGCAUAAUACCGAACCACUGGAAAGUGUUUUAGCUCAGCUAGAGAAACUUGAGAUCACACAUGACCGUUGUGACACCUUAAGUCUAAAUGGCCAGACGCUGGAACAAGGCCAUUGUGAAUCAUUGGAAGAGAUUCUGAAAAGAGUUCAGUUCCACAACAUCAGUUUAGAAGAAACGUCCAUAGAUGAUGAGAGUUGCGUCGCCCUGUUUGAUAUGAUGGAAUAUUACGAGUCGGCGGUACAUGUGAACAUCUCAUCCAAUCAGAACAUAGGUACACGCGGCUGGCAAGCUUGUUCACAAAUGAUCAAAAAAACUCAAUGUCUCGAACAGCUUGAAGCUAAGAAUGUUACCCUCAACGAACAACAUAUGCCAAUACUUAGCCGAGCUUUACGGAUUGCAUCACACCUGCAAGUUCUUAAGCUGGAAAAUUGUGGGCUCUCAGGCAGACCCACAAUUAUUUUGGUUGCAGCUCUUAAACUAAAUACUGGAUUGAAAGAAUUAUAUCUGGCUGACAAUGAUCUCGGACCUCAAGAUGCAAUGCAGCUUGGUGUUUUGCUGAGGACCAAUAAUCAUCUACAAUUACUUGACGUUAGCAAUAACAACGUCCAAGAUUCUGGGGUAGGCCAUAUUUCUGAUGGCUUAAUUGAACAACGAAUUGAUGAUAAGGAUGGAAAGGGAUUAGGGAUUCUAGUACUAUGGAACAAUCACAUAACUAGAAAUUCCUCUCAGCAUUUUUCUCGAGCAAUUACGCGAUGUAAAUCAUUGGAAAUGCUAAAUAUUGGACAAAAUAUGCUCACUAAUGAUACGCUACACAUAAUGAAGGAAUCGUUGCAACAGAAUCGUACGCUUUUGAGAUUAGGGAUGCAGUCUACACAUCUCACAUGCGAAGCUGCAAUUGCAUUAGCAGAUAUAAUCGCAAAGAAUCACCAUAUACAGAGAAUUGAUUUACGCGAUAACCACUUGCAAGUUGCCGGUUUGGUAGCACUUGCAUAUGCUCUGAAAAAGAAUAAAAGUGUCACACAGCUUGACCUGGAUGAACAACCUCGCAAAAAAUUGGAUGGAACAUUGGAGCAAUAUCUUGCCUUGGUUAAUGAGAUCCGAAGUUAUUGUACUCAUAAUGACGAGCCUAGCUCAACAGAUGAAAGUACAGAGGAAUCGGAUAGUCCACAACAUCGUAGCCGAUUGUCUAGCGUGAGCUCUCGUAAGAUCUCACUCACCUGUCAGACUCUGCCUCGUUCUCCACCCCCGAUUUUCCCUGAGGGACCCGGGCGAACAUUGCUUGAACCAAAACGAACCAGUGGCGGUCGUCUUCGGUCACCUGCUCCUAGUCCAAUCCCAUCCCCAGUUGCAAGCCCUAUUCCCAGUCCCUCUCGUGGCCGUUUCGUUGUUUCCAGAGUAUCCGAAACCUCAUUGAGCUCCAAUUCAUCGGCAUCUUCUUCUCCUGUGACACCACCUUCCCGCAGUUCGUCUCCCACUUGUUUCUUUCCACCCGCCACUGGUGCAUCUCGAUUCCGUGUGACGGUAGUUGAGCAGGCAAACCCCAAGCCAGCUCCCAAGUCUGUGAUUACUUCCACUAACACCAACGUCACGGUUGGCUUUCAGUUCAAAGUAGAUUCUGGUGAUCAAGCCAACUCUGACGAUUCGGAUGAUGUCUUUAAACCAAAUCCAGACGCUAAUGUGAGUGACCCGAUUGCUACUAAGAACAAACCUGAUGUGCAUGUCAGCCCUAGUGUGAAUCCCAGUUCUGAGAAUAUGACACAUCUAAGUGAGGUAACUGUUAAAGUUGAAAGAACUGGGGAAAUGCGAUGUGUCGUCAAGGAUAUUAUAACCGACGUUAGUAACGAAAAUCCCGAUAUCAAGAUCUCAACUGUUUCCACAUCACAAAGUGAAAAGCAAAGUGAACCAUGUAUUUUAUCGGAACGUGUGAAUAGACUAUCGUCAUUUAGUGCGGUCCACGAAAGUACACAGAAUGACGUGGAUUUCGAUUUUUCCACAUCUAGUAUAACUUCGUUGACCGUUGAAGAAAAAAAUGAUCGACAGGUACAAAUAAGUAACGCAAAUCAAAAUUCAUCUACAAGCAUGACGCUAGUGUCAUCAGAUAGCGGAAGAAAAGGAGAAGAUGCUUUAGCUUCAUCGGAGUCUGCAGAAGACAGUGUUGCUCUUGACAAUGGUGUCUUGUCACAAUCCCGUUCUCGGAAAAGUUCAUGCAUCCAAAAACCCCCGUCUAGUUUGGAAAAACUAUUAGGGUUGUUCCAGCAUCCAGGAAGUUUGUUUUCUAGUUCGGCAUCUGUUGAAAAACUGGAACUAAAAAAUCCUUUACAGAGUGGCGUAAGCAACAUGAUGUCGCUAGGGGAUAAGUUCCAUCAAUACUUGAGGGAGGGUAGAGGAAGUAGAGAAUGUUCGCCGCAACCACCUUUACAGCGAUCAGUAUCUGAUGCUCCACAAUCAAUUGCCAAGACAGAUCCGGUGAAAUCCUCCAGUGUACCACAUCUAUCUAGCAUCCAAGCACUGACGUCUGUUUUUGCAUCAGCUAAGCUCGAAGAUGAAGCAGAGGUGAAUAAGAACACUCCUUUGAAAUGUUUAUUCACAUUAGGUAAAAAUAUCGAAAAUCCUGAACAAUGUCAAGAAGACCCUUCAAACGAAUUCGAAAAUAAUACUAAUGAUAAAACUCCAAUAUUGCCACAGUGCAAAAUCGAAGAUGAAACUUUGCAUAGGAUAAGUGAACAGCCGUUACCUGAAAAUGUGCAAUCAAAAAUUAAGGAUAAAAAUAGAAGUGACGAUUUAGAAUUAAAAGAUGCUGUUGAACCAAAUACAACAGUUUUAGACUCUAAUGAGACUGUAAAUAAUGUGUCAGUGAAUAUGCUGGACAACAAACUGACUAUAAGUGUACCUAAGUUGAAAGAUAUACCUGAAUAUUCGGUCUUAGAAAUAAGUGAAAUUGAAGUGGAGCCAGGGGGUAUACCGAAUGAAAAUACGAAAAUAGUAGAAGAAGUAGUAUGUGAUAGCAGCACGACAGACAGUAUUAAUCUGACUAGUGAUAGAAAUUCUUCACCUCGUAAUAUAAUAUGUGAUAAACAGAACGUGGUUAAUGUAGUUACUUUAGGGGAAUCAGAAAUUGUUGAUAUCUUAAUAACUCCAUUGUUCGAACGUACUACAAAAAAUGUUUCUCUGGCUGUGGUAGAUGUGGUAGACAACCUUGCGACAAAUUUAUGUCAAAAUGAUGACGCCAGAGAGACCGAUAGAUAUAGUAACAAUAGUAAAAUUGAAGAUUUACAAGAACAUCAUGGAAACAUGAAUUUGAUAGAAAAUAGAAUCACCGACGCGCUGUACAAUAUAGAUGGUAAUAACGAAGUUACUGGUAGCGAACAAGUAGAAAAUAUUGCUAUUCUACAUAGUAUACAUACAGAUAAUUCGGAAAAAUCGAGAGACACAAAUACUUGCCAUUUGGAUAACAUUUUGCACCCUGAGAGUACAACUAUUCAAAAAGAAGUUCAUUCAUCCACUCCAGUGCUAGGAGAUAUGUUUAAAGAUAACGUUAGCAAUAUUGAAAACGGACGGGUAUCCAUCAGAAACAACUCCUUAUUACGUGAUGAACAGAUAGAAAAUUGUAUUGACAUCAUCCUCAAGAGUGAACCCGUGCUAACGCAACAUCAGUUUUCCAUUUCCCAGUCGCCAUUGAGACUAAAUGAAGACAGUUCUCAAAAUGACGCUGCAAUACCUAUGUGCCAGGCGUCUGAAAUGUCCGAUCCUACACGAACUAAUUCCAAUCAUCAAGACAAUGUGAUCGAAGAGAUAACAGGUGCAUUUGGAUCUGCCGAAGGUUCUGUAGAGUUUGAUAGAUCAGAUGGUGACGAGCUUAUAUUCAGUAUGACAGAUAUCUCCAUCGACGCAACACUUGAAGAUUAUGUCCUACCUUUGGAGCCUACUCUGAACCAGUCAAAUGAUUUAGUAGGAAUUCAACGAUCGAACUCCAGUGUGAAUAUUCCGUGUAACAAAAGUAAAUUGAAACCCAACAUGCCCCAAGCUGUUCAGUCACCUACAAGCUUGUUUAUUGAAAAAUCAAAAGGCGUGCACAGGAAUAGUCAUGACUCUGGAAUUGAAGAAACCAACUUAUCAAUGUCAGCUGAUAGCAUUUCUGAAAGUAGAGUACAAGAACCAUUAUUUCAAGAAAGUACAGAAUCCGGUAUAGAUACGGAAUGGUCUUUCACCGGUGGUGAAUCGGAUUUAAACAAUGAAUUAAUUAAAGAUGAUGAUACAAAAUCUACAGAAAAGGAUACAAUAAAUAACAAUAAAGAUAACAUUAGUGAAUUUAACGAAGCAUUCAAAGAUGUGGAAUCAUGCAAAGUUAGUAAUGUUUCCACUGAAGUCAGCACCAAAGAAGGAAUCAUGUGCAGAACUGUUGCUGUGGUAGAAAGUCAUUCAUCUAUGGAAAAUAUUCAGACUAUGGUAGUAACUUCUAUAUGCUCACGAGAUGACCAUGGAAAAGUUAAAGCAAUCGAGGGUGAGAAAUCCAUAGAGGAAUUGUCGGUUGAAGUAUGCUUGGAUGGAAGAGACAAUGAGACAUCUGGGUGUCCGGCGGUUGUCUGUUCUACAAGUCCCCAAUGACGAGAGAAGUGAUUCCUCGGAGGAGGAUACAGAGGAAAUUAGCGACUCGGAAGAAGAGGACGCUGAUAUGGAAAAGCUUUUCAACUUUGACGAGUUUGAACAAACAAAACGAGAAGUGGAGCCUCGAUAUCGACGGGCGAUUAAUUGGCGAGUCUAACGGAGGAGCAGCUUUUGCAUGUAUCAAAUCGGUUUGACGAAUUAUAAUUUUGUAUAAAUUGUAUCGACGUUACUGUCGAGUGUAGAAUAUGUUCUCACAAUCCAAUCUUAUCACCCAGCAAUGUAGUUUUGAACAAUCUAUGUAAUCUGUAUAUAUUCUCGAGCUUAUUUAUAUUGGCUGCGUUUUUGGCGGAGCUCUGAGUCAAAGGUAGCCUACCACCAAAAAUUCAUUUACACAUCUGUUGCUCUUAAUUUGUAUUCAACAUCUUCCAGUUAGCCAGCCGUAUUACGUGCCUUUUCAUUUGUAUAUUUUAUUACAUAUUGCAUCUGAAUGCACCUGGUAUUAUUCUGUUGAUCCCCCAGAUCAAGUAAUUUCGGACAAUUUGAAUCCAUAAAAUGAUAUUGCUCACAUCAAUUGAAUAUUCUCAACGAGACUUCAGCUUUUUUCGUCAGCUGCUCAACUGUAUCUUGUGUAUAAGCCAAUACGAGCAACGAUUCUAUGAUUACGGUGCAUCUGAAAUCGAGGUAUUGAAAAAAAUAUAUUCUUGCUACGAAUAUUAUUCGACUGAUGAGUUUUUCUUGUAGAGUUCACUUCGGUUUCGCCUUACGUAGUUGUACCUGAAAUAUCUCAAAUUUGCAUGUACAUUAUGGGAAUAGGUAUCGAAUACAAAUAUACUCUUUUUUACUCAAAACCAAUAUUGUUUAACUAUUCAAUCGAUAAUGUGAUCUAAUACACAAUCGGAUAAUUAUAUCUUUCGUUGUUGAGAAAAUUUUUCUUCAACCGAAAUAGAGUUGCACCGUAUUAGAUGCCACUGUAUAUUAAUUUUUCAACCAUGGCGCGAGGUAACCAGCUCAUGUUUUUUUCACAUUAUAUCGUUGCUUGCCCAAGAAAGUUGACAGCUAUGCAAACUAAACGUCUAAAAUAAAAAAGUAUUUAUCACUCAUAGAAGAAAAAAAUACACGAAACCGAAUAACCAGCUGUACUUAUUAGUUUUAAUUAGAAAUUCUAACCCGAAAUUUAUUGAGAAACUAAAUACUUCCACUUAACACUGUUGAAGACGCUGUAUUCAUUUGUUAUUCAUUUGCCCUGUAUUCAUUGAAAUGACCUGAUAUUGUCCCGACUAUUACAUCAAAUCACGUGAAUUAAGAUAAGCAUAACACAAACCUAAUAGUUAUAUUGAGAUUUUCAAUCUUGCCAGAAUGACUUAUUUGUAUGUGUUGUAUCAUCUUGUUAACUCUGAUAUGAAGUUUUAAAAUAUGUUAGUUGUGAGAUAUCUGUUUCGUGAGCAAAAAUAGACGUUCGAGUUUUUAGCUGGCAACUUAAUCGGAUUUAUUUUUCAAGGUAGUUUAUCGGAUAUAAUAAUGAAAAAAAAGUUCAAUAUUGAAACAAAUACAAGAUAAUACGAUUCUUAUUAUAGUUUAGUCGUUGAUCUAAUGUAGUCGUCAAGAUCUGUUUCUUAUUUUUUUUUCAUUGAUACCGAACCCCGAAAUUGCUUCAGAACUGGUCUGAUGAGAAAAUACGACUUAUUAUAAGAUUAUUUUGAAUUGUGUAAAAUUCAAAAGCAUACAAUACAUAAUUUAUGUGAGUGAAUUCACACGACGACACACAAAUAUCACGUGUUUAUCUUAUCAUGAUUCAGUGUGAGCAUAAUGUGUAUUUCAGGUAUGCAAAGUACCAUAUUAUAUAUCCACUAACUUAAUGUAACGUAAUUCAUGCACGAUUUUUGGUGUCUGUGUUAAUUAAAAGAAGUCUGUGUUCAAACUAUUACAAUGGCGCCAUACAUUUAUAUGUACAGAGCAAACACAUAAAGUUUUAAUCCGCGGUUGUUUAAAAACCAAAAUAAAAAUAAUUAAUAAAGAGCCCAUGCUGGGUUUUUUAAGAACAUGCACGCAUACUUACCAACAUACAUAAAUACAAGAUGAAUAAUCUAUACGCAGACGAAUUAUUAUAUCCAAUUUAUAUGUGUACAAAUUUAACGAUGUUUAGUGUAGGUAGCGGUAUGAUGCACCCCGAUUUCUUUGGCGAUCACGACAAUUGCUUACGUUUUCACAGUAAGGAAGAUCGUUGUAAAAGUUUAAUUUGUAUAAAAAAGAUACAAAAUUAUUCAUAUUUCAAAACUUAAAUCGUUUAGUCGUCAUUGUGUUCUUGGAGAAAAGAAAAAAAAAUUAUCAAUUGGCUCAAAUCAAUCACUGCGUACCAUGCAAGACUUAAUCUGGACCAUUGUUUCAUAAUGAAACUUCCAUUGAUAUUUGCUAAAUUGUCUUCAGACUGAUCUUUUAUCUAUAAUCGAAUUUUAUAACGAUUGUUCAAUACGAUGAUAUGCUUCGAAAGUUCUGGGUGCGAGUAGAAAUACACUGAACCCUGAGAUCUGUAUUGUAAAAUAACAUAACUGUAACGACGCUAUCGUCGGUUGUUAGCGCAAUACACCCACUUAAUUCACGGUUCUUUGUUCGGUUGUUGGGGAAUUUUGAAAUAGCGUUUCUGCAGCUUAUCCAUUUUGUUAAAUCGAUUAUUAUGAUCUUAGACGGUCGAUCAUAAUUUCGAUAUGACAAUGGUAGCAGGGCAUAUUUGUACCAUUUCAUCAAUGAAUUGGAAAGGGUCACUUUUAUUGUGAACAAGUGAUAUCAAUCGGCUAAAGAAUUAUGAUUGACACAAGUUGAAUGUUAAAGGGCAAUAAAUUAUUACUGACAGAAUUAUUCAUUGGUAAUUUGAAAUCAUUUUUUGAUAGCAUAUGAGGGAUGUAAUGGGUGUAUUGUGCUACAGGAGAAUUUGUUCAAAAGUGAAUGUAUAGUUUAUUGGAAGCGGUUGUAUCUUACAACUAAAUCAUGAACACGUAACGGGUAAAUAAAAGUACCUGUGUAUGAAAAGAAUUCUACGAAUUGAAUUAAUAAAUUGUGAGUCAGCCAGCUGAGUUUAUCGCUGUCAUAAGAUUACAAUUCUAUCCGCUGUACAUACAUAUAAUUUUCAGUAUUUUGUUGGUAAUAUUUAAGAGUUUAUAGAUAUUGUUAACAUAUUUGAGAUUCAUUUAUUUGUACAUAAUAAUCGUGGGAUGGGAUACUAGACAUCUCAGAAACUCAAAUGCUAUCUUAUGUUAAAACAUUUGAGAAGAAAAAGAAAAAAUUUGAGAUUUAAAAAAAAGUUUAAAUAACGAGUGUAUAAAAAAGAAAAGACAGAACAAAUCUCAUUAUUAGGUAUUAAGAUAUUUACAAGUUCAGCGUCAAACAUAAUAUUAAUCACUUAGCAUAGAUUCAUCUGCGUAAUGCGAAAAUAUAAUAAUACACGUUGUUAUUAAUUGAAGGGUUCACAAAACUUAAACCUCUAAUUCUAAGUAAAGGAUUUCAUCGCUUCAGCACUAGCGUUACACAUUCAGAGUUGGACUCAUCUUUUUAAUAAUUCUUCUUAAAUUAGAAAAAAUCAGCACGCGGCAUGAGACACUUAUUUUAUAUACGUAUAUUGUCGUACCUGCCUGUACCAAUAAGGAGAAUGAUGAAUACAAUCUAUCAAAAUAUUGAAAAUGAAUAUUGCAAAGUAAUGUGUAGUAAGCGUUUUGGCGGUCAAAUCCUUCAUAUUAUCUAUACACAAAUAAUGUACUUGUUAGGUAGAACAACUCGAAUUAAAAUGUGAACCGAAAGUAUGGUAAUGUGCAGAAUGCGCAUUAUAUUAUGUCGAUGUAUGUACAAUUAACAUUAUUUCUUUCACAUUUAACAUGCAGAAGUGAUUUCUUAAGUACCAUCAACAUUCUUAAAUAUUGAGGACGUUCGAUUCAGUUGUAUUUUAAGCGAUGACAGCUUAAAAAGCUUGUUAUCCGAAUUAAACGAUAUAAGUGGCUUUUCCACACCUUAUGCCAACACCAGUACUUUAUAUGCACAACUGAUCGACUGUUUUUUUCUAGAUUUAUUAAACACGCGGAUGAUUGGUACGGAAAAAAUUAUUCACUAUGAAAGAGAAAUGUAACUGAAAUCAAAAAAUAAAAAAUACUAAGUAAAAAACAAAAAAUAGAAAUUAUCCACUUACAAAGAAUAUAAUCUUGGGCUUGAGCAUUAGUUGCAAAAAUUGCAAAAUCAAAGUGAUUUGAAAAAAAAAAAUCAUAUUCCUAAGAGUUUCACCCACUCUUUGCCAAGCUUUGUAUACAUCAUACACAUGCGCAGUAUUACGUUAGGGUAUAACACUAACAAUAAUUAAGAAUACCUCUGGCAUACUUGAGUCAUUGGUUUGCCCGGUAGUCCCUAACUUUGUUCCACAGAUUCAUUUAGCUGAGCACUGCACUUUUACCAUUAUCUUUGGUAAAAUGUACUUAAGAAAAUUUAUGUUUCGCUUCCGUUCCCCCAGUGGUUAUCGAGAAGCAUGGAAUGAUUUUUCACUUCCAAAUAGGUAUUUUUUUCAUUUUGUCGAAGCGCAAUAACAGCGUUACUUGCACUUCACCUGAACAACAACCUGCGCCUUGCACUUAUCAAGACAUGAAUCAUUACGAUCAAUCAAUAUACUUGUUAGAAAACGAAGAAUCAGCAUGAGGAAAAAAUGGCAUUUUCAUGAUAGGUACAGGAUAGGUGUACAUAGGUUCAUGGGACUAAUUCACAAUUGAUAUUGAAGUUUUUGAACAGAUUUUUAUAAUGUGUGACAAGAAAUUUUAUUAAUCUUUGUUUGUUUCAAAGCGAACAAAGAUUCGCUAUAAGACUGAUGAAGAACGAAUAUUAUUCAUUGUUCCAAUGUCUCGGAUAACAAAGCAGUGAAUCAGUCCUGAUCGAAACUAAGGCACUUCGUUACUCGAUGUUUCUCGCUGAAAGAAAGAUUGAUUUGUACUUUAAAACCUCAUUCGGUUUUUCAAAAUUCAAGGCUGCUGUUUGCAAAUUCUGAAGAGUUGCAUGGCUGCAAUGUACUAAUCAUAAUUCUUGAUAGGCAGGCAUAUUCAACUGAUCAAGCGAUAAUGGGGAUUGAAAAAAUAAUUCAUUCUUUGAUACGAGAAUUUGUAAAAUUCAUCUGGACUUUUGUUUAUGAUGAAAAUAUGUUUACCGAUAACUGAUAACUUUCUUAUGCUGAAUAAUUUGAGUAUGUGGAAAAAUGAUGGCUCGAACGGAGCACAUUGUCUGGUACAACUUUCCUAACUUAUUGUUAGCUCCGUAAUUUACACCUUGCGUGUGUACAUCUUUGCGAGAAACUAUACUUCAACAUAAAAUUUAACUUUCUUUCAAAACUUGUAAAAGUGUAAGAUUAACUUAUCAAUUUUAUGUAUGUAUAUGUAUAAUGAAUAUAUUGAGAUACACUCAAAUUAUGUCGGUGUGUAUGAAUAAUGUUUGAAAAUAAUGUAUAUUACAUAUAUGUAUAGUUAUAACGGUGUUCUAAUCCAAAAAUUAUACCAAUAACACGACACGAUAUUUACAUUCAUAAUAUAUGAGAAUACCAUUACUUCAAUGUUUCGUGUACUUUAAACGGAGUGGUGCAAAAUGUAAUUUAGUACGACAAAAUUAAUAAGUAAACGAAGAAAAUAAUGAAGGAAUUAUUAAUGAAACGAAAUGAAAAAUUA